GGGGAGGAAGGAAGAAAGGAAAAAAAACCCGUCGUUUUUAGCACGAAACUUGAGUCGACCGACGAAGUGAAAAUGGCUUGUGAGCCUAACCGGGUCCGGUUGCUGUGCAUGCUUUCCCUGACUUUUGGAUUUUUCAUUGUGGAGGUGGUGGUAAGCCGGAUCACCGCAUCCCUAGCAAUGCUGUCGGACUCGUUCCAUAUGCUGUCGGACGUCAUAGCGCUCGUGGUGGCUCUGGUCGCGGUGCGAUUUGCGGAGAAAACUCAGGCGACGAACAAAAACACCUUCGGAUGGAUCCGGGCGGAGGUGAUGGGCGCGCUGGUGAACGCCGUCUUCCUCACGGCUCUGUGCUUCACCAUUAUCCUGGAGGCUAUCGAGCGCUUCACCAAGCCGCAUGAGAUCGAGAGACCCCAGGUCGUGAUCGGGGUCGGCGCCGCCGGGCUUCUUGUCAACCUGCUCGGCCUGUGCCUGUUCCACGGACACGCCGGCGGCGGCCACGGGCACUCGCACGGCGGUCACUCCCAUGGAAGUAAGAACAAGAAGGGGAAAAUCUGCAAGUCUGACAUCUCCUCGGCGGAUGAGACCAAGGACUUAACGCAAAACCACAACAGCCCGAACGAGGUUCAAACUCGUGAAGAAAUUGGCUUGAUAGACGGAACAGACGUGCAAAUGAAUGGCAGCACCUAUUAUGAUGGAAUGGAUCACAGCGACAACUCGGCCUCGCAGCUCAACAUGCGUGGCGUCUUCCUGCACGUAUUGGGUGAUGCCCUGGGCUCUGUGAUCGUGGUGGUCAAUGCCUUAAUCUUCACAUUCGUGUGGCAGCCCUGCAUGUCAGACACGUCCUGCGAAAACCCCUGCGUUGAUAGCCACAGCACAGACCACCACCACAUCAACCACACCAUCUCCGCAAUCAACGCGACCAGCGUGGCUGGCCCAUGUUGGGUGCUCUACAUGGAUCCCACUCUCUGCAUCAUCAUGGUGGGCAUCUUGCUGUACACCACCUACCCGCUGCUCAAAGAGUCCGCGCUCAUCCUGCUGCAGACGGUGCCCAAGCAAAUUAACAUGCACCGGCUCAAUGAACGGCUGCUGAGCCUGGAAGGCAUCCUAGCCGUCCACGAGCUACACAUUUGGCAGCUGGCGGGCAGUCGAAUUAUCGCCACGGCGCACAUCAAGUGCCACGACCCCACAUCCUACAUGGAAGUGGCCAAACGCAUCAAGGACUUCUUCCACGACGAGGGCAUUCACGCCACCACCAUCCAGCCCGAGUUUGUCACCUUCAACUCCGAAUCGCGAGACUCCCUCUGUGAGCUCUCUUGCCGGACUCAGUGUGCUCCCAAACUUUGCUGCGGCACCAGCGACAAGCCGGGAGUGGACUCAGAGAAGAAGGUUGAUAGUGACUGCAGGACAAAGGCCCUCUCUUCCUUGGAUACCAUCAGCGAGCACCCGGAGCAGCCGGCCACCAUCCAACCAGAGGUUGAGUUCAACAUCACUACAGAGGUGGAGUCACAUCUGUGA